ACUUUUGAAUGUAAUGUCUGUUGCUCUCAUGCUGCCUUCUGUGCUUCCUGGUAACAUAAAUAUUUGAUUAGACUACAUUCUGUAGGUUUUCUGCACUCCCAUAACGAGUGGUUCAAAUCCCCGUACGCUAUCGUGAUAUUUUCGACAGCACUUGAAGGCAGCAUCAGUUCAAUUAAGUACCCAGGGACCCGGCCGGGCGGAGGCUAUUUGUUCAUCAGUCCAGUCACUGUGGUUGGAGACAUGCAUCUGUACUGUUGGGGAGACAACUCCGGUGGACAGUUUGGUCCACAGAACGCCUUGAGGCCGGUGUCCUGGACUGUGGCCGGGGUUAUAACCAACAUCUGCUGCGGGGACCAGCACACCUUAUUCCUGACCAGUGAUGGAGGCGUUCUCUCAUGUGGGCACAACUCGCAGGGACAACUUGGUCGAAGGAAAUCUAAAGAUGGAAAAACACCAGGCCGUGUGGAAGGGCUGGGUCAUGUAGUGACGAUGGCUUGUGGUCAGGACCACUGUCUGGCUGUAUGUGCAUCUGGAGACGUGUUCUCCUGGGGGGCAGGAUACGAUGGACAACUGGGGAUGCCACAGCAUCUGCUCAACAGUCAAAAAGCAAGACGUGUGCCAAUGCCGCUGCCAGUACCAGUGGUUCAAGUUGCUUGUGGAAAUGCCCACUCCCUGGCACUGACUAAAGGAGGAGAUGUCUUCUCAUGGGGUUUGAACAGUCAUGGUCAGCUGGGUCUGGGGAAGGAGGUGUCAAUGCAGCCUGCACCAGCUUUAGUGCUGGCUCUCUCUGGUGUAGCAGUGAGUCAGAUUUCAGCCGGAGCAACCCAUAGUCUGUUCCUCAUUCUCUCAGGCCUGGUGUACUGCUGUGGGGCCAAUAAAACAGGCCAACUGGGGCUCAACAGGGUGGAUGAGAAAGGCAGGUUCAACAUCUGUAUGGUACCUGCCCUCAGACCUCUGGGUGUGUCCUUCAUAAGCUGUGGAGAGGCGCACUCUGCUGUGUUAACCAAGGAUGGUAAGGUUUUUACCUUUGGAGAAGGAACCUAUGGUCAGCUUGGUCACAGCUCCUCUGCCAAUGAAGUGAGACCCAGAUUGGUUGAUGGGCUGGAUGGACCCGCCUCACAGAUUGCAUGUGGCAGGCGUCACACGCUGGUUUUGGGCGUCUCUGGCCAGCUGUGGGCUUUUGGCAACGGGGUCAAAGGUCAGAUUGGAACUGGACGAAAAGAGGACAGUCUGACUCCCACUUUGGUUCAACUUCCAUGGAUCACUGAUAGUGCAGCAGCCAUACCCAGUGCAGACUUGAACAUUUCAGCUGGGUGGAAUACAAACUUUGUUUACUCUUCGCAUGCACAGAACUUGGAUCGAUUACAGAUAACUGGGCGGCUUGAUGAAACAAAGCUGCAAAACUGGCUGUCAAGGAGAAAUGCUAACGCGGAGGCAAGGAGAGAAAUAUCCUCAAUGUUUCUGACAAGUUCAAGUCUUGUUGCAAGUUUCACAAAUGCCAACGGGCUUCCGUUAGAAGCAGGUGCCUUAACUGUGGACCUUGAGGCGGCUGACAAGGCUUUCGACCAGCUGCUGGCAGUACCGUGGAUCAAACAAUCGGUGGACCUGCAUCUCCUGAUUCCCUCGCUUUACGAUUCACGCAUGGUCCUAAAGUCUCCAGAGAUCCUCCUGAUUCUGUUGACAUGCCCUCUUCUGCAAGAAGACUCCAGGGUCAUGAAUGACGUGUUGCCCCUGGCACUUGUUGUUGCAGCUCUGAAUGAGAAGACUCUGGAUUCACUAAAAGGCUGGUGGUCAUCCCUUGCCCCCUCCAUACUGAAGAAGCACAUCUUGGUCUUCAGAAAUGCCCUGGCCUUCAUGCUAAAAAAUGGCCUCUUGGAAACUCACAACCCCGGAAUCAAAUACCUGUUGGAAGCCCUCAAGCUGCUCUACAAAGCAAACAAAACUGGACAGUCCUACAAAGUCCCACUGAGUACUUUCUACGUAGAGGAACUCAUUGGUGCCGUGCAGCCAUUUCAGGACGUCAUUCUUUGGAGGAGUUCUUCUGAAGUGGAGGAUGAUGUCAACACACCUGUCAUCUUCUGCCGCUAUCCGUUCGUGUUCAAUCUGGUUUGCAAGGUGGAGGUCCUUAAUAUCUUUGCAUCUGCAACAAAGAGACUGCAUUACGUCAUUCAUGAACUGGCUUCUGCGUGGCCUGAUAAAAUGUUGGGAGAGCCCACAAACUCGGCCCCAGCCCCAGUCUUCCAGCUAUCUUUGAGACGAACUCACCUGGUGGAGGACACCUUCAGACAGCUUGGUGCAGCCGACCACUGCGCCUUCAAAAGGGAGCUUUUGGUGCAGUUCGUGGACAACAGGAUUGUGAUGAAUGUCAACAAACAUGACCUCUUCCUCUAUGUGUUUGAUGAGCUCAUGGCUCCUGAGUCUAAAAUGUUUAUUUACAACCAGAGCAGGACUCUGGCCUGGUUCCCUCCCAGGCCAGAACCUCAGGUGAGGGAUUACUUCCUGUUUGGGGUUCUGUGUGGCCUGGCGCUUUACAACCACAACAUUGUCCACCUGCCCUUCCCACGGGUUCUCUUUAAGAAACUGCUUGGGGUCAAACCCACACUGGACGACAUGAAGGAGUUCGAACCUGUAAUGGCAGAGUGUUGGCGGUGCAUGUUGGAGGACUACACUCCUGAUGUAAUUGCUGAAAUGGAGACUACUUUCACUGUGACCUGGUGUGGUGAGGAAGUUGAGCUUGAUCCGAAUGAACCUGGAAAACCUGUCACAGGGUCAAACAAGAAAGAGUUUGUAGCUGCUUUUGUCAACUAUAUCUUCAUUAAAUCAGUGGAGGGAGUGUUCGAGGCUUUUAAAAGAGGCUUUUACAAAGUGGGUGACAUUGAAGUCGUGGAGUUCUUCCAGCCAGAUGAGCUGCAGGCAGUCAUGGUGGGCCACGAAAACUACGACUGGGAUGUGUUCAAGCAGAACACCAUUUAUGAAGGAGAGUACCAUGACAGGCAUCCAAACAUCAUUACCUUCUGGGAGGUGUUUGAUAAACUGACAGCAGAAGAAAAGAAAAAAUUCCUUUUGUUCCUCACAGGCUGUGACCGUGUGCCCUUCUUGGGGAUGGAGAACAUCAGGAUGAGAGUCACCAUCUUGCCCGAUGCCACUGAACUCCAUUUACCAGAAGCCCUCACCUGUCAUUGCCUGUUGCUACUGCCCAUCUACCACAGAUAUCCGGUGGAGAGGACGAUGCACACCAGGCUUCUCCAGGCUAUUCAUGACAACAGAGGCUUCAGGAAGGACACAAGCACUGCAGGCUGAAAUAAUUAAGGGUUCUUUAAAAAAAAAAAAUCCCACCUCUUUUCAGUUAGUUUUGAACAUUUUUGUCCUUAAAAUCUUUUCUUCUAAAUAUAGUCACUGCUAUUGUAAUGUUGCAAAGUUGGUUGGGAUCCAUAGUAAUAUUCACAUCCACAGUAUGACACUUAACAUAGUACUGCCUGUAUUUGUUUUAUUUCAUUGGUUGACAGUGUCUUUCACAGCUGUUUGUUGUGCAGUCUAGAGUUGUUUAACUAUAACAAAGACUUGUUCCACAUAUUUAAGCUUUAGUGAGCCACAAGCAAAAAUAUGCGCAAAAAAAAAGUCCAAUAAGUUUGAGACACACCACAUAGCGCAUACAGAUCAUUCUAUAACCAGAUUGAGUGAGCGGAUAGUGGACCACAAUACUCAAGCGUUUCUCCAUUUUAGUAAAUACUAAGUUAAAACAUCUACAGUCCAGGAAACUUAUUUUACUCACUUGUACCUUAACUCACCAAUAAACAAUUUCUUUUCAGUACUG